CGUUCUACUCGUAUAUGACUACUUGUCCUACAUCUUGACUCGGACUGAGUCCAACUCUAACUUUCUGCUGUGAAAGAGUCGCAAUUUCAAAAGCUUUUCCCAUCGGCUCUAACUUCCGGUUCCACAUUUCAUCGUUUUUCCGAUUACAUCCAGGUAAAAAAAGUUAUGCACAAAUGCUGGAUUGCUGGUGUGAAUAAAGAAGUGAACAUUUCUAGUUCCAUUUAUACAGCGAGAGCACAAGCUGUUUUCACUUCAUUCUUUGGGUGUUGAGUUUCAAAAAUCUUAUUAGGAACUGCAAAAUAGCCAUGGUUAUUUCUGUAUUAUUUAGUCUCUUGCAAUACUAUGCAGUAUGAGAACUUCUACAUUUGACUUUUACAUUUAAUUGGAAACAACAAAAGAAGUUAAAGAAAAUAAAACAUGACAGAUAUUCCAAAUUGUAAUGAUCGGGCCCUCAAUCCAAGGCUCCAAGCCCCUGACAGGUCCUUCGGCCCUAUAAGAGUCUACCUUUGCUACAUUUUUGUUUACAAGAUAACCUACUUUAUCUUAUGUUAUUUAUCUUCAAUCAGUUUUGGUGUGAAUGUUGGCGAAGCUAACUGCAUUACUCCCUUUGUGCCUCAAUUAGCGUAUCCAUCUACUGAAAUUUUAAAUCACAAACUUCUUUUCUCCAAUGGUCGGAUUCUUGAAAAAUCAUUUAGAUGAAUGCCUGAGUGGCACCUGGAUCCUGAGGUCUGAUGCAUUGCUUAGAGUGAAAAAGAAGACCUUUAAUUAUAACAGCAGCACAGAGAAUUUAAGUACAAGCAAACCAGAAGUACAAAAUUUGAGCAUGGAACCCCUGCAAAUGAAGAGGAAGAAGAUCAGUGGUUACAACUUGCGGAAAAGUUUGGCAUGGAAUAAAGCAUUUUUUACUGAAGAAGGCGUACUGGAUCCAACAGAACUAUCUUUGAUCAGUGGAACAUUUGCUAAUACGAGUGGAGGGGGCUUGUGUUCCAUUGAGGAAAGGAGAACCCCACAAACUAGCAACUCCCGUAAAAAUGUCAGUUCUUCGAUAAAAUCUGUUAAAAAGAAUUUGAGCAGAGAUUUUAAUGCUACAUCUUCAAAAGAAGAGAGAUUGAAGUCUUCAUGCAAGGCAAUAACAAGUCAGAAUGGCAGACCAUUGUUUUCAACUUCAUUAAAAAGGCCUGCAAAUUUAAAUGUUAGUAAAGCAGCAGCCAAGGAAUCCAAACUACCAAAGUUCCAAAUUCCAAGCGCAGGUUCAUGUCCGAGAAAUGCAUCUUCUAAUAGUACAAUUCCCAGAACAAGUUCUAUGCAGAACAAAAAGAUUUCUGAUCGAGUCAGUAUAUUGAGAAAAUAUGGGAUAAGGAGCUCCUUAAGAAAUUCAAGACAUGGACAAAACUCACAAAAGAAAGCAAAUGAUGAUUGCAGACUUCCGCCAGGCUUACCUCUAGCCUCUCCUUUGAAAAGAGAUGCUGUAAAAACUAAAGAUGCAUCUAAAAAGACUUCAUCCUUAUUGCCCAUCAGUAGUCGUGCUAAUAACUGUUCGAAUGUGCCGGGUUCUGUGGUUGCACAUAGCAGUGUAUGUUCAUCCAAGACACAGGAUGCAUUUGGACAACCUGCUGUUUUCUCUCAUCUACAGAACACCUUUAUGUUGGUCAGGAACUUGCAAGAAACUCAAACCCAACAAACAAAACCAUCAUGCUUGCGAAUGCCAUCACCAUCAAUAGGAUAUUUUUGCCAGUCAAAACCUUCUGAUGAGGUACUCCAGCUUUCACAGAAAAAUGCAGAGUCUAAUGUAGAAAAGCGCCAAGAAACUGGUGGCCUGAGGCCCCUGUGUGCAUUAGGAGAUCAAGUAAUCAAUGGCAUCCAAACAACAAUGAAACCCAAGCUUGUAAGUGAUAAAACUGGAGAGAAUCAUGGCAGUAGUGUUUAUGGAAAGGAUAAAGAUACAGAAUCAUGUAUAGAUGCUGAGGAACUUGUAGGUACAGGAAAUUGUGGACAUAUUUUUGAAGAAGAUCCAAAGGUUAUUGGUUCUCUUGAAAUUAGAGACUGUUGUAUGCCAGGUUCAAAAAAUCAUCAAUUUAUGUUGCAAGAAAGAUCAUCAACACAUGCCAUGAAUACAUUUAGGCGGGGAAUUGUGGAUAGAAAUUCUGCUGAAGCAGAUAAGGGGAAUGACUUUGUAAUCCCAUUUGAAGGUUCGUUUUCUGAUUGUGAAAAGACAAUUUCAAAUAAUCAUGAGAGUGGUAUGCAGGAAGUUAAAUGCUUUCAUGAGGAGCCAUCUGAUAACUGCUUAAUCGAGUUAAGUAGAGAAUUUGUGAACCAUUUUUCUGGUUCUCUAGCUUCUGUAGAUCCAAAUGUCACCAGGUUAACCAGUUCUGAAGUAGAAAAAGAGAACUUGGCUCUCCCAAUUGAGGACUUUCAUAUUCUUUCUUCUGAAGACAAUAUUAUCAGAAACAAGGGAAGUGACAUCUCAGAAAUACGAGAUUCUGUACUUCAUGCCUCAAAUGAUAUCCUGUCCGCUCAAAGUUGGAAGAAUACAAUUCAUGAGCAUUUAAUUGAAACAUGUUCAGCAAAGGAAAGAGAAAAGUGUUCCGACAAUAUUAACAAGUGCAAUCAAACAGUUAAGCCGAAUGGAAGUAGGUUUCUUGAGGACCCCCACAAUUGUGAUUUAAUUAUUGCCCCUAAGAAUGUAGACCAUUGUAAUGCCAUCUCAGCUGAGAAACUAAUACAGUCAGAUAUGCGUACUGAUGUUUGUGGAAGUGAAGAAGUAAGAUCAAGUGCCUCUGAUGUGGACUCUACAGGAGAAACUGACACUAAAACAGAUGCAUUUGAUGCCGGUUCAUCUAUGGAAGAUAAACCAUCGUCUUGUGUAGGAAACCAUUCUUUGCCUGAAGAAUCUGAACUUCUCCCAAACAGUGUGUUACUUUUUGAUGCAGAGCUUAAUGCACAUUCUGCAUCUUGGAAUAUUGAUUCAUCUCCAUUGACAAGCAAAAGUUAUAUUUCAAGAAGAAACCAUGGAGUACAUUUGCAAGAUCAGAUGGGAAAUGAAUCUGAAAUGAGAAACUCCAUAACUAUCAAUAGUCAUGCUAGUGCCAAAUGUCUCACUAACAAUAGGGAUGAUGUUGUGUCAAACAAGAGAAUCGAGGAUGGUAAGAAAAAGAGUAACCUUAGCUUAAUACCCCCACGAAAUGCAGUUCCAUUUUCCGACGAGUGGCUGGCUGCUAUUGAAGCAGCUGGAGAGGAUGUUUUAACCAUGAAAGGUGGUGCUGUGCAAAAUUCACCCCCAGAUAAACCUCUACCUGAGCCAAGUCCAUGGUCGCCGGUGAAGAAAAACAAUGAAGUUGGACCUUAUGAUUGUACAAAGUUUGCACGUAUUAAGGCUAUUGGACCUUCUGAUUCGCAAGUCAACUAAACUAGGUUAGAAGCUGGCAUUUUGUUUCAUUACACCUUAACAAGAUCACUCAAAUAAAGGGACCUGUAAAGCCCCCUUCCAUAUAUAAACAUAUAUUCUACCACAUCGUAGGGAGUCCCCAAGGGACCGGGGUUGACAAUUUGACAUUUUAGGGGUACAAUGCAAAACCAUGAUAAGUGUAAUUUUACUGAACUACUUCCGUGAAGUGAAAUGAAUGCAAUAGGAAAGCCCUUCAAUCAAGG